AUGAAUUCUAAAUAUUUCUCACCAAAGGCCAAUUAACAAUUCUUUGAAAGCUUCCUCAGAUCUCCCAGAGAGGUUAAACUAUAUCGAAUAAGAUUUGAUUCAAUUUUUAAUGAGUAUUUGCAUAGGAAGGCAGAUCAUUUCCAAUUGGACCCAAUUAUGCAAACAAAUAUAACAGAUCAAAUAAAAGAAAAGGUUGAGAAGAGAAGGAGGACCUAUGAAAAGAGACACACCUCUACUUAAUUAAGUCCGCUUGCUCAUUUUCAUAUUCAGCCAAGUCCUUAAGUAAAAAACAUGUAAAGACAUAUUUCGAGAGGUAAGCGAACCAGAUUUGAUGUAUAAUUAAAUUAAUCAUAUAUGUGA